AUGGGGAGAACAACUCACUCUCGAUUCAAGAUUCCCCUUACUCUUAGUAAUAAUUCGGUGUGCAAUAUAAAAAUACAAAGUGCAACUGCUGAACUACUUCGAGUUGCAAAAAUAAUCAUCUGGAAUGAAGCAUUAAUGGCAAAAAGGCAGGAAAUAGCGGCACUCGAUAGAACAAUGCAAGACAUCACUGGACAGGUGUUGCUAGUAAUGAGACAUGACACUCAAGCACAUAUCGUAAACUCAAGCUUACGGAUGUCACCUAUGUGGUCUUCGAUUAAAAAGUUGCGGUUAACGAUCAAUAUGAGAGCACUUACUGAUCCAUGGUUUUCGGAUUUUCUGUUACGUGUCAGCGAUGGAAAUGAAGAAUCAAUAGACGAAAACUUUAUUCACAUACCUGAUGACAUGGCCAUUCCUUACACAAAUAAAAAUGAAUUGAAGGACGCUUUGAUUGAUGCAAUCUUUCCUUCUCUUCAAACUUGCGAGACUGCUUCAGAUUAUAUCAUUUAUAGGGCGAUACUAACAACUAAAAAUGAACAUGUCGACGAGAUUAAUGAUCAGUUGGUUGAAAGAUUCUGUGGAGAGGAAAAAAUUUACUAUAGUUUUGAUGAGGCAGAAGAUGACAAGAAUAACUUAUAUCCGAUAGGUUUUCAGCAGAAUGCUAUCGAUGUAGAAAUAGUUGUUGGUCAGCAUGCUGGUAAGAGGCUAUAUCUUCAAGUUGUUUAUCUCGUUGCUCCUCCUUCUUUCGUCGUCGCUCCUCCUCCGCCCGCUGUCGAUCCUCCGCCACGCGCCAUCGCUCCUCCUCCGCCAUCCGUUGGUGCUGACUUUGUUCCUAUAAGUCUCUAA